AUGUCAAGAACGUGCGAAACCUUCCGAAGAUGGAUGUCAGAUGUGCUGCCUGUGCUUACUUAUGCUCAUAUGAGGCUACAGCGGAUGGGAAAAUGUGACCCGUACUGCAUCGUGGUCGUCGACGAUGCAAAGCAGAGGACAGAAACCAAGAAGAACGCCUACGAGGCACAGUACGAAGAGGUCUUCACCUUCAAGGCCGCGGAUCCUGUCAGUGUCGUCAGAAUAGACUUCAUGGACUGGGAUCUUGGAAGGAAGGAUGAAUAUAUUGGGAGUUGCGAAGUGAAGGUUUGGGAUGUGAUUUCUACCAAGCAAGCAAAAUGGGAGCAAACCUUCACGUUCCUUGAUGAGAACUUGAAAAAGGUGAAGGGACACAACGGGAAGGAUAUGGAAUCCGAUGUGUCCAUAAUCAUACCAUCCUUCGAGAAUAAGAGUAACGUCGUCAAAAGGCUGGAUCUAUCCAACACCGCUCCUCAGCAGCUGGGGGGGAUUGGGCUGAAGUUCAAGGUCAAAGGUGGACAACUUGUUGUAGAAGCUGUGAAGGAAGGGGGGCCAUGUGACACCAAGGGGAUCAAGCCAGGGGAUCUAAUCGAGGCUGUGGACGGCGAGAAAAUCCUCCACCAGGGUGAUCUGAAAGAUGUCAACCCGCUGGAAUACUAUUCCUCGGUCACCAACAAGAUCUCUGGCCCUUUCAACACUACAGUCCACCUCCUAAUCGCGAGGCACACCCUCUCCUCUGACAACCUGACUCCUGACAUGUCGUCGCCAAGAGAAACUUUCGAGGUUGAGGUUCUCCGAGGGAUUCCACUCACUCUCCUCAACCCCAACGCUGGCAGCCUCUCUGCAAGAUCAAACACAUCCGACAAGGUUACAAGGAGUGCGUCCGGAUCCCAUGCCACUCCCCCGUCCUCUGAUGAGUCGUCGAUAAAGAACAAGCUCGAUAACGCGGAUGGAAAGCAGCCGUCGCAGUCGGAAACUGACGAUGACGAGUGUGCGUCGUCAAAUCCUGACGAGUCUCUGCCCGAAAUCUCAUGCGAGGAGAAUGUAUCAAAACCCAUCAAACUUGCCGCUCCCGCGCCACCUGAGAUGCCUGUUACAAGAAAGAGCGACCUCGACUCCAGACAGCUGGACGCAGAGGACUUGGAUCUGCUAAGUCGAAUUGAGAACGAGGACCCGAGAAGCUGUAGCGGCCGCAUGAUAAAGUCUAGGAAGGACGUUCCCUGGCAGGAGCGCGCAAACCUGUCAGAAUCAUGGCGAAAAGGGCUGCCAUCCGGGAAUUACGGCAAGUCUCUCAACGCCAACGGCUCCAUGACAUCCCGCACCAUGGCCAACAGCAGGAUGUCUCCUCGCAUGCCUCAGAGCGCGAGAGUGCGGAACAUCGUCAGCUGGGACGGUCGCAAAACCAAUGGGGCGCAGGAGCAUCACGCGAUCCCAGUCGUGUCCCUUCCCGUGGACGAGCAUGAGCCCGUCAGUCCUCAUCGCAAGUACUCUCCCAAGGCGGUGGAGAAACGAGCAUUCGAUCGCAUCUGCGCAUGGCCCAUCUAA